AUGUGGCAAUUAUGCCUGGAUCCACAUAUUUCAAGGUCAUCGUCACCCGUCGAAGAAGGGUGCUGUACGCAACGAGUGGAAAAGGCGACCAGACGUCGGAGGGCGCUUCAGAGGGCGCGUCACACUAUGUACUGUCGACGGGUGUGGACUGCCCACCUCGAGGCACGUUCGGCGCGAGACAGUGACUGGAAGCCGUCCUCCGGACAGACCAGUGAUCCUAGGCAGCUCAAAGGGGAAUGGCGUUCCAGUGCUGGUCGAGACGCAUCUAAAGCGGAAAACGCGGGCCAGAGUCAGUCGGACGACUGCAACUCAGUUGCGAACGGUGCGUCGCGGGGCGCGCCCAAGACCUGGUCUGGUGAAGCUCUUCAUCCGUACGGGAUUCUUGAACGAGCGGUGCGCUCGUUUCGUACUAGCGAACCUGCAGGAUCUCGAGCGCAGGACACCGUUGACGAAGUUUUCGCGAAGCAGCCAGGCGCGUGGGAAACGCCUCCCUUGUCGUCACCGACUAACGAGGGGCUAGACGCGGCCGACGCGCUCCUGGCCAAUGACGCCUCGAUGGGCGGCAGUUUCCUGACGCUGCCGCAAACGACACCGAAGCGCGUGUUUCCCUGGGACACGACCACUGGAGUAAUCGGUCUAUCGCAUUUUGAGCGACAGGUGGCUUUCUACCGAAGAAGACAAAGACUUUUACAGCAGGCGUACAAAGAAUGCGGCCGAAUCACAUCCAUCUUCGCCAAGACAUUUUAUCUGGGCACGCUAUUUCUCCCGAAACGCAAACGAGAUGCCAUCUGGGCCGUGUAUGUAUGGUGUCGGCGAACAGAUGACCUCGUCGAUGGACCUCGAGUGCGACAGCGUGAUGCCAGUCUGCGACAGAAGCUCAGCGAAUGGGAGAGCCGGUUGGAGCAGGUUUGGGCCGGCUAUCCGCAGGAUGCUCUGGAUCUCGCUCUAGCAGACACGGUGCGGAACUAUCCCGGCCUCCGCAUAGACCCGUUCCGAGACAUGAUUCAGGGCAUGCUUAUGGACGUUGAUCGCGCCCGCUACGAGACGUUUGACGAGCUUUACCUCUAUUGCUACCGAGUCGCAGGCACCGUAGGACUCAUGGCGCUGCCCAUCCUCGGUGUCGAUCCAGAGCACUGCAAGAGCGAAGCCGAGGCCGUGGAAUCAGCCCUCGCGCUUGGUAUCGCCUUACAACUCACCAAUAUCCUCCGUGACGUCGGAGAGGAUGCACUCCGCGGACGCGUCUACUUACCUCAAGAAGAAAUGCGCUACUUUGGCUAUACGGAAGAUGAACUCUUCGCCAGCGUUGUCAACGAUCGAUAUCAGGAACUGAUAAAGUUCCAGAUCGCUCGCGUGCGAGCCUAUUAUCGAACUGCGGAGUGCGGGAUCGCGAAGCUGCACCCAAGCGCGCGACUGCCGAUUCGGGCAUCUCUCGACAUGUACCGUCAAAUUCUGGAUGCGAUCGAAGAGAACGACUUUGAUAACUUUCAUCGUCGAGCUUACGUCUCGAAGCUGAAAAAAGCCCUCACUUUACCAGUAUCCUGCCUCCGAGUACAGGAGACAGAAGGUACGUGGCUGGGGCGAUUGUGGGGCCCCUUUGAUCGUGGUUUCAUUCAGCGCCCGAAUGUUUGA